GAAACGCAAGCUCAGUAACGUCACUCGCCUCCGCAGGCCACAACAACACGGAGCAGAGCAAAGCAAGGGGAAGGCUUCCUUUAAAAAACAAAAUCGUUUCCACAUCAACGUGUUUACUUUGGAGAUGUACGAAAAGUCAGGUUUUGAGUAGCUGUGAGGAUUGUUUAGAUCGAUAUCUGGGUCGUAAAGUGACGCGAAGUAUUUUUUGUGCUUUGUUUGUUGGAAGGAAUCUCUAAACUUAAUAAGCAGAGAGAGCAGAGCGCGAGACAGACAGAGAAAGAGAGAGAGAGAGAGAGAGAGAGAGAGAGUGAGUGAGUGAGUGAGUGAGUGUGUGCAUUCAGCUGGAAGAAAUGUGAUUCAGCGAUGAAAAGUAGGCAUGGCUGUUUUGUCCUUGACUUCGAGGGUGACUCCAGUCCACGUGCUAACUUCCAGAGAAGGCAGCUGAGGAAGCGAGCGCCUCGCUGGGCCGUAAUGACGAGGAGACAAGUGAAGAAGUGACCAGGAAGAGGGAGGAAGAAGAUGGGAGCCAAUGUUUCCAGCUAUCCACACUCAUGCUCUCCACGCUUUGGUGGAAACACGCAGGCUCAGCAGACCUUCAUUGGAACAUCAUUGUACUCGCAGCAGAGUUACACUUGGGAGCCAAAACUCUACAGCUUGGAGCAUGGCGGCCAUGAACGCGUCCCCGAGCGAAAGAAGAGGAGCUCUGGCCUGGCCACACUAAAGCGCCGCUUCAUCCGCCGCCGCAGAGCGAGCCGUUCAGCCGACCAUGCCCGGCACAUGCGCGAGUUGCUCUCAGGUUGGCAUGUUUGUGAUGCCAAUGCCCUAGUGGAGGAGUAUGAGGGCACAGCUGCCCUUAAAGAGCUGAGCCUGGCAUCGAGCCUGGCUCGUCCUGUAGCUGCCACUCUGAGAUCCUGCAUGGCCGCCCUCUUCCAGCACAAACACUGUGCCGACGUGGACCUACUCUUUCAGGAUGCCUGUUUCCCUGCCCACCGUGCCAUCCUGGCUGCUCGCUGCCCUUUCUUCAAGAGCUUGUUAUCAUCCACAGGCUCAGCCAGUUCAAGCUACAAUGUACCAGAGGUGCUACUUGAUGUGGGCACAGCAGGAAUGGAUGUCAUGAUGUUUUCUUCCCUGCUAUAUUUCUUGUACACGGGUGAACUUGGAGGCACCAACAGAGAGGCAGAAACACGGCUGAGGAAUGUGGAUGUACUCAGGCAGCUGAGUGAGGAGUUUGGCAUGCCUAACCCUCUGGAGGAAGACAUGAGAAUGCUGUUUCACUCUAUGUGCUACUACGACUCUGUACUCAGCUUUUGCUCUGAGCCUGAGAGUGUUGAAGCUUGUGAUGCUGUAGGAGGGAUUAGUGGUGGAGGGAUCGCUGGAGUUGGCAUUGUAAAAAGUGACCAGUCCUCAUCCCCAGAGGAGGAAUUGAGAGCCCACAAAGCUGUGCUCUCAGCACGUUCUCCUUUCUUCCGGAACCUCCUGCAGAGGCGCGUCCGAACUGGUGAAGAGCUAACGGAGAGAACACUACAAACGCCUACACUCAUUGUCCUGGACGAGUCAAUCAUUCCACGGAAGUACGCCCGCGUCAUCCUGCACUGCAUGUACACAGAUGUUGUAGACCUAGCACUCGUGAUGCGCGGCAGUCCUUCAAUGGGAAGUCUGAGUGAGACGCAAUCCCUGGGGACGAGCAACGCUGCUGGCAAGGGUGCUGUCCCCACACGCACAGAGGAAGCCAUGGAGCUCUACCACAUUGCCCUGUUUCUGGAGUUCAGUAUGCUGGCUCAAGGUUGUGAAGACAUCAUUGUGGAGAGCAUCUCUCUGGAGUCACUGAUCUCCAUUCUAAAGUGGAGUUCUCAACCGUACGGCUCUAAAUGGGUCCACAGACAGGCCAUGCAUUUCCUGUGUGAGGAGUUCAGCCAGGUCAUGACCUCAGAUGUGCUCUGUGAGCUCGCCAAGGAUCAACUGCUUACAGCCAUUCAGUCAGACUACCUGCAGGCGAGCGAGCAGGACAUUUUGAAGUAUGUGAUUAAGUGGGGCGAGCACCAGCUCAUUAGGAGGAUGGCUGACCGAGAACCCAAUCUACUGAGCGGUACGGCUCACAGUGUAAAUAAGCGAGGAGUGAAGAGAAGAGACCUGGACGUAGAAGAACUGAAGGAGAUUUUGUCUCCUCUGCUGCCUUACAUCCGCAUGGAGCACAUUCUCCCAGCUAACAGUGACGUCCUCACUGACGCAAUGAAGCGUGGCUUGAUCAGCACUCCUCCAUCUGACAUGCUGCCCACAGCAGAGGGAGGCAAAGCAAAUGCCUGGCUUCGGCAAAAAAACACAGGCAUUUAUGUGCGUCCGCGUCUCUUCUCUCCCUAUGUGGAGGAGGCAAAGUCUGUCCUUGAGGAGAUGAUGGUAGAACAGACAGAUCUGGUACGGCUGAGGAUGGUGCGUAUGUCUAAUGUGCCCGACACUCUGUACAUGGUCAAUAACGCCGUUCCCCAGUGCUGUCACAUCAUAAACCAGCAGCAAAUCACUGGCAACCAAACCACUGCCCCAUCUGUUGUGGCCAAUGAGAUACCAGUGCCCAGCUUGGCAGUGGUUAGAGAGAUGAUUUCCAGGCUACAGGAGCUCAGGCACACAGAUCAGGUCCAGAGAGCCUAUGCUCUGAACUGUGGGGAAGGAGCUACAGUGAGCUAUGAGCUUCAGCUCCGUGUUCUCAGAGAGUUUGGUCUGCCAGAUGGAGCGGCAGAGUUGCUGCAGAACCCACACAAGUUCUUUCCAGAGGAGCGGUUUGGAGAUGAGAGUCCUCUCCUUAGUCUGAGAGCAGUGGGCCAUUGCAGAGUGAACAGCUCCCCUGCUAUGGACACCAUGUUUACAGAAUUGGAGAGCCUUGGGGGUCUUAACCCCCCUCUUCCUCCUCCACCGCCCCCAUAUCAUGCCAUGUCUGCUCAGGCACAGCACAGAGUAGCGUGGGGUUCAACAAGGGUAGCAAUGCCACCCCCUUCUCGCUCCUUCUCUUACCCCUGUAACCACACACUACUCCAGCAGAGAGGCUCCUCCAUGCCCAAAUCCAGCAACCCAGCACAGCAAGCUCCUGACUACAGCAUGGCUCAGAGCAUGGGGAAAACACUUAACGCAGAGUCAUGUGGGAGUCUGGAACCUCUGGUUAAUGACUAUAUGCCAGACAUUGCUCUUGGAGUGUCAACUAUGACUCUGUCAGAGCAUGGCAAAGCUCAGGACAACACUCUCCAUUCUCUUCCCAACAUGGUUUCUUCUAUCCCCCAUUACCCACCUGGACCUUGCCCCAGCGGACGAUAUUCUCUCACUCAACUGUCCCACAAGAGACAUGUCCCCAAACAAAAAGCAGAGCCUCCAUCUGAAUAUCCAGACCUUUAUGACUUGCCCAAUCAAGACACCCUUGUAUCUAGCCUUCCUCCUCAGGCCACCUACACAGGCCCAGACUUGUACGGACAACUCAGAGGGCCAUGCAAUAACAUAACCCUCUCAUGUCUCCCUGACACUUUGUCAGUUCACACCCAGCCAAGGAUAGUACAGCCGUCUGACUCCCUUCAUUUGGAUGUUUUGGGUCAAAGGUUGGAUUUGGACCAUACAUCCUCUGGAGUAUCCUCAGUAGGGGGAGCAUUUGUGCCCAGUGGGCACUCAAAAAAUGACUCGGACCUGACAUGCGGUCUUGGACCUUCAAAAGGAGGUGCUGAGUCGUAUGAGGAGCACAGCAUGGUUGCAGAUGGGACAGGGGACAUUAGAGAGGCCUCUGGAGGAGCUGGACACCACAGGAAUGCUAGCGAAGAAACAGGAAUAGGUCGGGAUCACAGGUCACCCAAUAAGCCAGAGUACCAGUAUAAGAAAUCUGCACUUUAAAUCAGAUAAUGAAAAGUGAUGGACAUAGACUGUUAAAUACUUAACUCUGUUAAAGUGCUAAGUUUCAGUUUAGUCUUGCAGGUAGUUAUGCGUCACUUCCAUUACAGCUCUGUAGAAAGGAAUAUAAAGGGAUCUGUGAUUUCUAAAAGUUAGCAGGAGAUGCUUAAGAGUGAAUGGAUUUUCAUAAGACUUCACAUUUGUUUAUAUAGUAAUACAGAGGGGUCUGUGUCUCUUCUUUAUUUUAAUGAAUUCUCCUUAAUACUAAAAUUCAAUCAUCCGAGCCCGUGACUGAUGAAGGUAAACAUCAAUAAAAUAUGCCUCCCAUUUAAAAUGGUUAUCGAAUCAGCUCCUAGAUGAAUGUCAGGAAAAAAAUAACACUGCCAGUCAAAACUUUGGACACCUGCUAAUGGGUUUUCUCCAUCUUGUUCGUACUAUAUUAGAAUAAUAAUGAAGACAUCACUACUGUGUAAUAAGUUGUAUUAUUAUAUAUACAUUUUAUAUGGUUAAGCACAUUUCUUGGCAAUUUCUUAACUAGCUUCAUGAGGGAGAUUCCCAACUAAGCUGAGCACUUCUUCUACAGAAGGCUAAUUUUCUUAAAUGGAAACUUUGGGUUUUGCUGAAACUACACAAUUUGAAGUGAAACGGCUUGUUUCAAGGGAAAAACAUCAGUUAAAAUUCAUCUGAAUAUGGGUGUUAACGUCACUAUUUACAUUUUUUACUUUGAAACAAACAUCAACCCUAAGCCAUAAAUGUUUUUACGACAAUUAAAUAUAGACAUUCAACUGUUAUAUGUCCAAACUUUUGACUUGGAGUGUAUUUAUACUUAUACCAGCAACGAAAUCCUGUUCCUUUAGGCCAGCAUCCAGUAUUUUUAGAGGAGUAUAAUAGAUCAGUUGUGAGUGCUGCAGACAGAAAGAGGACUUUUUUUUUUUUUUAAAAGCAACAGAAAUUGGGUUGGGCCACCACAAGCUACUUGAAAAGCUUCACACUGGCAUGGCUCCUUUCCCCCCCCAAGAUAUUCCCCUCAGUUGGUGUUUUGACAACGGUGGACAAGGUCAAGCUUUAGAGCAACUCUUAUCUCUAAGAGGGUGAAUGAGCCCAAACCUUGUCAGCAACAUGUAACACAGCCCCCUUUUUUUCCCCCUUUUAAUUCAUCACCUGUCUGCAUGUAAUCUACAUUAGAUUUAUUGGUAAGAAUGGACCAGAUUUUUAGCCAUUAUUCAUCUGGGAGCUGAUUGUGUGUUGUUGUUAUUUUGGCAAAUCUUUUUAAAGAAAUGUACUGAGUGUGCCUAAAUUUUAUUUUCAGUGUCCUUGUUUAAUUGCACACUAUCCCAGAAUGACCCCUCUUGGUAUAAGAAAAUAGCAAAAACCCGUACCACUGGUUUUCGUUGGCUAAACUUAUUCUCUUUUCUAAGCAUAACGUCAUGCCUCGUAAAAUCCAAAACUUCAUUGUGCCACAGGCUAAAAGGUUAUGUGAAUAUUGUCUGUGUUUAGUUUUUCUUUUCUUUUAGCAGUCAUGAUCUCCUGAGUACCGUAAGUAAAGUUAAAUCAUCAAUCAUUACAGGUUAAUAAUAAAGAUAAAGGUCUUACUAAAGCAACAAAUGACCACACAAUCGUUGUGAAGGAGAAAUGGAUUUGAAGUGAUCAGUUUUAACAGAAUCCUGCACCUUUUACUGAUGAAGGUUUUUAUGCCAUUUCGCACCCUUUAGUAUGUAUUUAAAUUUACCUAAGAUUCUUAUAGUAGCUACAAUCAAUCAAGACUGUUCAAUAUUUACAUUAGCACCAGCCUUGAGAAUGAUCAAUCUUUUGUACUGUAGAAAACAUGAACAUGCUCGGGUUCAUCUCCACUUCCUCAUAUCCAGUGGCCUUAGCUGUGGAUUUUGAGCUCAGAAACCAAGAAAAAUGAGUGCAAGCCAUUACAUAUUUUCCAUGGAUUUAAUUUGAUGAGUUUUUUUUUUUUUUUUUGGUGCAACUUUAACUGAGCUCAUGGUUGGUGUAUAAUGUACAUUCGUAAAGGCAUGUUUUUGCAGUCUGCACUACCCUCAAGCUCAUUCACUCCAUUUUGUCAUAUCUACAGUGCCACCUAGUGAUACAGAAGCAUGCCAGAAAAUGUUGUAGCACUUCAUUUUUUUUUUCUUUUCCCUCAAUGGUUUGUGAGCUACUGAAAGGUCUUCUCACACAAGUAAGCUUGUAUUUCUCAUUCACAUAAAAUCUAAAGAAGAAAUAACUCACCAGCUUAGCAUUUUAUACAUCUAUAUUCGUUAUUGGACUGCAUGUUGAUGACUGAUUAUACAUGUAUGCAAUGUGGAAAUUAGAGGAUUUUUGUAUGUUUUCAAUGCUUGAUCCAAAGUGACACUCCAUAAUCCACAUUUUUCUACACAGAAAUUUCUAGGAUUUAUGAAUGACCACAAUCCUUAUUUGGCUACACGAGUCAUGGACAGAUUUAAAGAGUGUGACUAGGAUACAGUGUGAGAAGUCGUAUUUUUUAAUCAGUACUGUGGAAAAACCCUUUAACACAGUAAAAUGCUGCUAAUGCACUCUGCCGUUCUGUUUUGCUGCUCAUCAGUGAUGUACCUUAGUAGCAGAACAAGAGUUUGCAUUUGUAUCCAUUUCACAUGUUGUUGGAGAAAUCGUCCUAACCGAGAUCAGAGAGCUUUGUUCGGUUCAUCGCUGCAUCUGUUUAAUACUGCAGAUGACCUGAGAGUGUGCCUUGGGUGUGCAGAGGGCCAAGUGUUUUAUUACAUUAGGGAUUUUGGCCUAUGCAAGCCGCCUUAGGAGCCUAAGUAUCCAUCCGCCAGUUUCUAAAUGGCCUGUACUGCCUCACGUACAUCUUUGGAAAAAAAUUAAAUAGUAUUUUUAAACUCUUAGGUACCUUUUACUUGGAUUUGUGUUGUGGUUUGAUACAAUUGUUUCUGAUAUGUUGAUUGUACUUUAAACUUUUAAUAUAAUUGCAUUUCUUGUAAUGACUUUUCACCAGUUAUAUUUUUCUACUGUUACCUCAGAGAGGGUAAAUAACAGUGACCAGCUUUGCAGCUUGAAAGCAUC